AUGUCUGAGCCUCUUAAAGUGUGGUCAAAAUUCUCAGUCACCAAAAAGGAUGGCAGUGUUCUCAAUUUACGUAUUGUGGAUAUACCCAAAGAUCCAAAGAUAAUAGAAAAAGCACUGGAUACCUACUUUGAAUAUUUCAUAAAAGAAGAACGUACAUUCAAAGCAGCAGGAGUUCCAGAUAGUGAAGAAGCAAUGCAAGAAUUAAGAGCGGUGUUUGAUUAUGGAAUGAACUCCGACAGCCAGCAAAAAAUAGAGUUCAGCAUAUGUUGCUUAGAUACUGGAGAUGACCAGAUUAAUGACGUGAUUGGUGGAUCAAUACUGAUAUACAAAACAAAGGCAGACGUACAAAAAAAGCAUGUUUUCAAGGCAAAAGCACUGAACAAAGUUUCGCAAAUGGCAGAAGAUUUAGCAGAAAUUUACGACGAUAUGAGAGCUUUCAAUUUAGAUCGUUACUUCAUUUGUAGAGGAGUCUUUGUAUGUCCAGAGUACAGGGGCCUUGGUAUUGCCCAGGAAUUUUUUAGAAUCAGGCGACUUAUUAGCAAGGAGUACGGUAUACCUAUCACUGGUGCCUGGAUGACGUCACCCGGUACACAAAAGGCUGCGGAGCGUGAUGGCUGGGAGACUGUAUGCGAGCUUAAGUUCGCAGACUUGGAGAAGAAGUUCAACGUCACCUAUGAGAAAUUUCCACCGACCAAUAAAUUUAUGAUAGCUAGAAUACAACUUUAA